CUCCGAACCAUCAACCCCAGGUUCCUUUGCACCCACCUACACAUACACAAACAUGUCAAUCCAGCCGCUGAUCACGUUCAAGGCUGGCAAGUGCGAGAUCACUGCCAGAGACGGCAACAAGCAGUCGGUCAAGCCUGUCCGCACACAAGGCUAUGUCUACCUAUACCAGGGCGAAGAUGAGUUCGUGCACUUCUGCUGGCGACCCCGCGACAAGUCCCUCGACGAGUCUGAGCUUGAUCUCAUCAUGAUCCCCGGCGAUGGCUCAUUCUCCCCAUACACUGGCAAGGAUGCUGCCGAAGACUCUGAAUCAGUCAAGUCGCCCACUGACGGCCGUGUAUUCGUCCUCAAAUUCAACUCCAGCUCACAACGCUACCUCUUCUGGUUACAGUCGAUGUCACAGCACCCGCGGGGUGAUGCAAGCUGGUUCAGCGAGCGUGAUCUGAAGAUCGGCCAGAUUGUCGACCUCCUUCUGAAUGGCGAGGAAAUCGACGUCCAGGCUGAGCUCGCGAGCAUCCCGAACGCACCCACUGGCGGCGACGAUGACGAGACGAUGGAAGAUUUGGAAGAUGAGUCCACCAGCCGGAAUCGCCACAGUAGCACAGGGGGCGCUGGAUCUGGGGCUACAGGAGGUGACAUUCGAGACGAAGGUGAAGAAUCUCGUGAAGGUGGUGCUGAUGGCGGCCGAGCAGCAGGGUCAGGUGACGUCUCGUCCAUCGUUCAGAACUUCGUGGACUCGCUCAAGGGCGGCAACCUUGGUGGCGGUAGUGAGUCACAACAAGCCGGCGGCGAUUCAUUCACAACCUUACUCGAUCUUCUAUGGCCGAGGACCACCGGUCCCGUAAUCGCGGAAGCCUCAGACGAGCUCGUUGAUGCGCUCUGCGCACAGCUACCCACCACUCCGUUCCUGCUCGAGGCAGAGGUCGAGGAUGUUGACCAGGUCGACCCCAACGGUGAAACCGCACAAAUGGUGGUACAGACAUUGGAUCAAGACUCAAAGAGAGAAGUACUAAACAGGAUAAUACGCGCGCCCCAGCUUCGCGCUGCGCUAGGUAGCCUGACAGAAGCACUUAGGUCUGGUGCGUUACCCACUGUUGCUCAAGCGCUGAAAGUUGACGUUGAGCAUGGCGGCUACAUGAGGGGCGGUGCCAUGCCACUCGGAGGUGGCGAUGCCGUCAAGGCGUUUUUGGAGGGCGUCAAGAAGACGGUGGAGAACGAAAAGAAGGGUGAUGACGACAAGAUGGACGAGUCAUGAAUAUCUUGAAUGCUCGAUGUGCAAGGUAGAGGAUUGCAUUUAUGUGACAAGCUGUUUUCAUGCUUUGACAUAGACCAGCAAGCUUAGCACAUCCUUCCAGGAGUACAUAAUUACACGAACCACGAACUAACGGCUGUACGAAAGUUCUGAAUCGGUCAAUUGUUAC